AUGGAUGCAAGUGGUGAUAUCGGUGCUAAGCGCAAGCGCAGCUCUAUUACCGGGGCAGCUGAACGCCCUGUAAAACACCUCAAGCCCGAAGGCUCGGCCCUCACCCCCGGUGACGCAACACCUGCCAAUGGAACUGUCUAUGACGUUGAAGAAGAGGAGGAUGCUGGCCGUGUCCUUGCGCUAGGCCCUGCGCAGGCUGAUUCGCCAGAAUGGCAAGCUACUAUCGAGUCUGUGGUCAAGAGUGUGGUCUCAAUUCACUUCUGUCAGACCUGCUCUUUUGACACAGAGCUCUCCAUGAGUAGUCAGGCUACUGGCUUUGUCGUUGAUGCAGAACGUGGAUACAUCCUCACCAAUCGUCAUGUUGUUGGUGCUGGUCCAUUCUGGGGAUACUGUAUAUUCGACAACCACGAGGAGUGCGAUGUUCGACCAGUGUACCGAGACCCCGUUCACGAUUUCGGCAUUUUGAAGUUCGACCCCAAAGCCAUUCGAUAUAUGAAGCUUACUGAGCUCAAGCUCCAGCCAGACGCAGCUCGUGUUGGAGCCGAAAUCCGGGUGGUUGGAAACGAUGCAGGAGAAAAGCUCAGUAUUCUUUCCGGUGUGAUCAGUCGACUUGAUCGUAAUGCACCUGAGUACGGUGAGGGAUACAGUGAUUUCAAUACCAAUUACAUUCAGGCCGCUGCUGCUGCCAGUGGUGGUAGUUCCGGAAGUCCUGUCGUCAAUAUCGAUGGACAUGCCGUGGCUUUGCAGGCCGGUGGUCGAGCAGAUGGUGCUGCAACAGAUUACUUCUUGCCCUUGGAUCGCCCACUUCGCGCUUUAGAGUGCAUUCAGCAAGGCAAGCAUGUCACCCGAGGCACCAUUCAAACUCAAUGGAUCCUCAAGCCCUUUGAUGAAUGUCGUCGUCUUGGUCUGACUCCAGAAUGGGAAGCUGCUGUGCGCAAAUCUGCUCCCACUGAAACAAACAUGCUUGCUGCUGAGAUUAUCCUUCCUGAAGGCCCGGGUGAUGGCAAACUGGAAGAGGGUGAUGUGCUGUUGCAAGUUAAUGGCGAGCUCCUGACUCAGUUUAUCCGUCUGGAUGACAUUUUGGACUCGAGUGUGGGACAAAAAGUUAAAUUGCUCGUGCAAAGAGGAGGUCAGGAUGUGGAAGUUGAGUGCCAGGUUGGUGACCUUCACGCAAUCAGCCCAGACCGGUUUGUGACUGUUGCUGGGGGCACCUUCCAUGACCUGUCCUACCAACAGGCCCGCCUGUAUGCCAUUGCUACCCGCGGUGUGUACGUUUGUGAGGCUGCUGGAUCUUUCAAGCUAGAGAACACCUUGUCUGGGUGGAUCAUUGACUCUGUUGACAAGAGACCCACUCGGAAUUUGGAUGAAUUCGUAGAGGUGAUGAGAACUAUCCCUGAUCGCGCUCGUGUGGUCAUCUCAUAUCGCCACAUUCGUGAUCUCCACACUAGAGGAACCAGUAUCGUCUAUGUCGACCGUCACUGGCAUCCAAAGAUGCGCCUUGCAGUUCGUAAUGACACCACUGGAAUCUGGGACUUCUCCGAUCUUGCCGAUCCUAUCCCGGCUGAAAAGCCAGUCCCACGCAAGGCAGACUUCAUCCAACUGGAUGGUGUGAGCCAGCCUGCUGCCGCUGAGAUUGUGCGCAGCUUUGUCCGAGUCUCAUGUACCAUGCCUUUGAAGCUUGAUGGCUACCCGCAGGCAAAGAAGACUGGUUUUGGUUUGGUCAUCGAUGCCGAAAAGGGCCUGGUUGUUGUCUCUCGAGCCAUUGUGCCAUAUGAUCUUUGCGAUAUUAACAUUACAGUUGCCGACUCGGUCAUUGUCGCUGCAAAGGUUGUCUUCCUGCACCCACUUCAGAAUUACACCAUCAUUCAAUAUGAUCCCAGUUUGGUACAAGCACCUGUGCAAAGUGCCCGUCUCAGUUCCGAGUUUAUCAAACAGGGACAGGAUACCAUCUUCGUUGGUUUCAACCAGAAUUUCCGCAUUGUUGUGGCCAAGACCGCUGUUACUGAUAUCACAACUGUGUCGAUCCCUGCCAACUCCUCUGCACCUCGGUACCGCGCAAUCAACUUGGAUGCUAUCACUGUGGAUACUGGACUGAGUGGUCAGUGCACCAACGGUGUUUUGGUCGGCGAGGAUGGUGUCGUGCAGGCUCUAUGGCUGAACUACCUCGGUGAGCGAACACCAAGCUCCCACAAGGAUGUUGAGUAUCAUUUGGGAUUCGCUACACCAUCACUCCUUCCCAUCACAUCCAAGAUUCAGCAGGGUGUGACUCCCAAGUUGCGCAUCCUCAACAUGGAAAGCUAUGUCGUCCAGAUGAGCCAGGCGCGUAUCAUGGGUGUAUCUGAGGAGUGGAUCCAGAAGGUUGCGCAAGCCAACCCAUCCCGUCAUCAGCUUUUCAUGGUCCGCAAGGUCGAUUGUGCACCCGCUGGAUUCACAUCCUCUUAUGAUAGCUUCAAGGAGGCAGAUAUUAUCCUCACCUUGGAUGGCCAACUCAUCACCCGUGUUUCGGAGCUAGAUGUUAUGUAUGAGAAGGAGUUCCUGGAUGCUUUGAUUGUCCGAAAUGGUCAGGAAAUGACCAUCCGAGUCCCCACCGUCCCAACAGAGGACUUGGAAACUGACCGUGCAGUUGUCUUCUGUGGAGCCGUUCUGCAGAAGCCUCAUCAUGCGGUCCGACAACAGAUUUCCAAGCUGCACAGCGAGAUCUACGUUAGCGCAAGGAGUCGCGGUUCACCUGCCUACCACUAUGGUCUUGCACCAACCAACUUCAUUACUGCAGUCAACGGCACCCCAACUCCCACACUCGACCUUUUCGUCAAGGAGGUCUGCAAGAUCCCGGACAACACCUACUUCCGUCUGCGUGCUGUCACCUUCGACAACGUUCCUUGGGUAGUCACCAUGAAAAAGAACGACCACUACUUCCCCAUGUCCGAAUAUGUGAAGGAUCCCACUGCUACUUCCGGUUGGCGCACAAUCUCUCACGAUAAGUCUAAGGACAAGCUUGGUGUUUCAGCCGAUGCGGUGAAUCUUAAUGCCGACGCCAUGGACGAGGGUGGUGAGGGUGGAGGUAGUGAUAUGGAGCCUGACAUGGAGUAG